CUUAACUGGAGCUGUAGGACAGCUGCAGAGCUGAUACUUACAGACACCCUCUCAGAAUCAUCAGGCGCGCGCGCUAGUCGAAGUAUCUAGACGCUUGGCUUGGGUCUGUUAUGAGCGCAAACGCCAAAGAGCUAGUCAUACUCUUCUCUUUUUCUUGUGAUGGAAUUCGUUUCCUGGGCUGAACUCGAGGUGCAGAUGAGCUGGAGAGCUCUGAGGCAUUGGAAUGGGAACAUAAUCGUCAUGCGCGCUAUUUGAAAGUAUCUAGACACCCGCGCUCAGUCUGCCAUUCGUGCUAGGGCCGAACACCGAUUCGUAUUCUGCUACUUCUUGGAAAUGAUAGUGUUUUUCUUGGUUUUACUUGUGCUGCAGAUGAGCUACAGAGCUGUUCAGCACAGCAAUGGGAAGGGAAUCAUAAGGGGCAAAUCUUGCAAUAUAUCUAGAAGCCUGAGAUCAGUCUUCACAGCACGACGCAAUUCUCCCUCUGUCGGUGUCGGGGUCGGUUCCGCAAUCUUCAGAGAACACUCGCGUUAAAGACAAGGGAAAAGGCAAAGACAAAGGCAAACUCCUGGCUGAUGUCGCGCUCAAUGAGGUAUCGAAUCCUGGUUCUGAUGCGUCUGUCCGUGUCGCUUCUUCGGAGUCGCGCCAGAGGACUCGAGGGAGAGAUCGUGACAAGGUCAAGGGGACAUCGACGUGCUCUCAGGCCACCAUUGCCGAUGUCAAAGCGUGGAUUGACGCUGUUGCCAGCAUCAACGAGUUGAAUGCGAUCCAGUAUCUAAAGAACGGAAUGGAUUUGUUUGAUAAGCUGGCGACAGAACGUGGGUUCCCCACAAAGAGGGCCCAAACAGAUUAUGCUCGGAAACUGUAUGAGAUGCUCAAGAAUGUGCAAGCGACGCUGGAGGAUCUUCUAGGAUUCUUCGAGGUGCACAGGUACUUGACAGGACAAAUCAACCGCGCCGAGAAUGCCAAGUUUCUUGAGGUUGCAAGUGCAGCGAUUACCGAAUACUAUUCUUCGGACGCCCGAGGAGUUUCGACAAGUGAAACUCUACGAGUUUCGACGUGCAUGGUUCCUACGAGGCCUUUUGUCUGCAGACAUUGCCUCUCUGUGUAUUGUACGCUGAAUUGUAUUGGAUUGUUGAUUGUGAUUGCCUCGCGUGGUCUUUUUGAUUGUUGAUUGUGAUUGCCUCGUGUGGUCAUUCAGUGCACCCUUAUUCAGUGCAUAGUCUUUCAGUUUGUCGUUCCAUAGUCAUGGUGCACAUGCAUUUGUUUGAGCUCUAAGAAUUCAGUGUUUGCAUGUUCAGUUCUUGGCCAGGUCUCCUGGCUCUCAUGUCGUAGUAUGAGUUUCGCCUCAUCAGUGUUCUCACUGUUGUAGGGUUGUCUGUAUACUGCACCUACGGACCUAGGUCUGAUCCCUGAUACAGAGUUAUCAGCGGCGGAGCGCAUCUGCGAUGAUCUCCCACAGGUUGUGCGAACGUCUUUGGUCAUGCAUGUUUCUGAUUCUCUAUAAGAGUGGACUGCUUGCUUGGCAAUUUAGAGGCUUCGCUUCGCCUGAGACUUCGUUGGACCUGGCCUCAGUGGCCAAGAUGGUCCCAGCAAAGACGCAACAAAGCCUGGUUGACGGUUUGCCGCCGGUUCCCAUUACUAGCAGGUUACGAAUACUUCUUCAGCUCCAGCGCUGAUAGAAGACCGAGAUCAGGCGUCUAGAUACUUUCAACUAGCGUGCCUGAUGAUUCCCGUCCGAUUGGCUGGGUAAACAGCUCUGUAGCUCAUCUGCAGCUCGAGUUAGGUCAAGAA